GCUAUCGGGACAGCGGGCAGGGCCCCAGGUUGCAAUAGGACAGAAACUGGAAGUUACUUUCAUGGCUGCAUUUGUGCAAGAGUCCCUGCCCCCCUAGGCAGAUGCUGCUUCUCUUGGAAGCACCUCACUAGCUAGCAGCUGACCUGUGUCCUUUUGUUUUUCUCCCCCUCUUGCUCACCAGGUGACUUCCCAGCCUGAGGCAUGGAGACCAUGCAGGAGUUGAUUCCCUUUGCCAAAGAAAUGCUCCGCCAGAAGCCCACCAGCAAGAUGGUCAAGAUCUACAUGCUGGGCAGCGUGCUGGCCUUCUUCGGGGUGGUCAUUAGCCUGGUGGAGACGGUCUGCAGCCCUUUCGCUUCGGAGGAGCAGCUACAAGAGGAGGAGGAGAAACCUCCCCAGACAAAAGAGCCCCCAGAAACCAGCCCCCAGAAACAUGGCGACGUGACUGUGGGGAAAAGCAAAGCGAAGGGUGCAAUGCAGAGGGACUCCGUCAUCAGCCCGUGGGCUUCAUGAGACAAUCCAGCCACAUGAGGUGCACAAGACACCUGUGGCCUGCUGGCUUUCCAGAGGCAGACUCCAGGAAAGCAACCCCAGGGACGCUCGAGAAGCGAUUCUUUUAUUUGCUGCCAUGCAGCAGUGGGAAAAGGCCGCCUGUUGGCCAUGGACCCUUUGGUCGGUAUCAAAAGGUGUGAGGUGCAUGGCACUUUGCAUCCACCGGGGUUUUAUUAGGAGUAAACUUCAGCUAUAUUUUGCAUUCUAAAUAAAUAUUUUAUAUACGUUA